GAGGGCAGUCAGACCACCACACUUGCAGGAGACCAAAUACUAUAUUAUAACACUAGGCUACGACGCGCGAACGAACUCUCCUGCAUAUUAAGUUCAAAUGGCGGCAGUUACACAAAAAUGAUUGAUACUAGAAGAAACACUCUAAUCGACCGAAUCCAAUUACAGAGAAUUGGAACUGAGAGGGCGCUUGGGCGUCUGGAGUCCAUCAGUUCCACUAUAAUGGAUACGCACGGGAACCAAAACGUGAGGCGACUCUCGGAAUGAACUAUACAAACUUGCAAGGACAAGUGGCCAACGUCAAACCUCAUUAUCAGCCCAGCGCGCAAUCCUUGCGGCUCAUCAUUCUGCUGAUUCUAGUCAUGGGGGUGGCCCCAUCCCCAGCUCUAACAGCGGGAUGCCCGGCACGAUGCAUAUGCGAUGACCAGCUGGUGGUCCAGUGCGCCGGGCAGCACCUCACCGCCUUCCCCACUGACCUGCCGCUGGCCACUCGGCAGCUCAUCAUCUCCAACAAUCGCAUCGUGGAGCUGCCGCCGUUGCAGCUCAACUAUCUGUCGGACUUGGUGUACUUGGACUGUAGCAACAAUUCCCUGACGGAGAUUUCUAUGUCCACAUUCGGGAACCUGGGGAAGCUUGCUUACCUGGACUUGUCCUUCAACACCUUAACGCGGAUAGAGGACAGGACGUUCGGGCCGCUCUCUAGCCUCGUGAUGCUGAGAAUGACGGACAACCCCGGCCUGUCGGAUAUUCACCCGGACGCUUUCGCAAAGAACUUGGCGCUGCAGGUGCUGGACGUGAGCCGGAACAACCUGACGGUGCUCAACAUCAGUUCUCUCAUCGCGCUGCCCACCCUGCGCUCGGUCGGCCUCAGCGGGAAUUCCUGGAGCUGCGACUGCGAUAACGAGGACCUCUGUCUCUGGGUUCACAUCGAGGCAUUCAAGUUUCAAGAUGAGGGCCAGACGGUGUGCCGUGGUCCUCCUGACCUGCAGGGGCAGCGUCUGGGUGAGCUGGGGCUGCAGCUGCGGUCGCGGUGCCACCAGGGCCUGGGUUCCUGGGACUACCUGUUCUUCCUCGUCAUCGGCUUCGUUAUCUUUGCGGCAGGAACGGUGUCGGCGUGGGCAAUCGGUGUAGUCAUGGUACUGUACGAACGCUAUGUCAAGAAGAAGAGCGAGCAGAUGGACCCCGAUGACGAGAUUGAGCAGGACGCAGGACCUGGCACGGGGGGUGGAGGGGGUCACCAUGCCAACCCACGAGGUAAUGGGGAUUUGAAAAACACUGGUCACAUGGUGGUAUGACUCCACCCUGUCCCACAGCCUCCCUACCGACUGUGCCUCGGAACCUACAGAACUACAAAACCUUUGAUGUCAUAAAAUGGCAGAGGUUAAGAAGAAACUACAAAGCAGAGCACACUGGGAUUAAUAAAAUACAGAAGAGAGACAACGCAGAAAUGUGCCUGAUUGAGAGUUGAAUGGUUAUAGUUCCUUAAAGUCCCAAUGCACAGUUUUGUAUCAUAUUGUACAACAGCUGAUGAACCUAACUUUGUAAAAGUGUGACAAAAUGUGAUCAGUGUUAUUUACUGAUAGUUGAUGGUUGAAAAUACAAUCUAAACAGGACCUUCAAAAUCAGCAGGUUUUGCAUGGAUGGAGUUUUGGCUUGCUUGGUGACAUCACCAGGUGGUUAAGAUAUAGACCAAUAACAAAGUGACUUCCAAACCUCUCUGACAAUAGCAGCUAGUUCAGGUUACAUGUCUCUCCUAUUAGGUUCCGCCAAUUAGGCCCCUCAAUCAGACCACUCCCAGACAGUUAUGGCAAAAUUCUUGCUUGAGAAAUAGUAUUUUGACCAUUUUAAUGGAAUACUAUUACAGUGAGGUACUUAACCGUUACCCAGAAAUGAUUUAAUAUUGAGAUAAAAACAGCUGCAUUGGGCCUUUAAUAUACUAUAAUAAUAGGAUUCAAUUCUCUGGUCCUGUGUGUGUGUGCUCACUUUGGUAGCCUGUGUGUGUGUGUAUUGGGAGUUUGACUCCCCUUUACUAUUAGCCAAGAGAUCCUCUCUAAGUAGAGCCCUGUCUGCUGAGGGACUUGGCUUCUACCCAGCUGGCUGUUGGAGCUAUUCUGGCCGGCCUCUCAGUGGGGCCAGGUAAACACAGGACAUGAUAACUGAUUUCCAGCCUUCCUGCUGUCCGUGUUUAGUAGGAUGCAGAGUCCCGUCCACCCCACCCGUCUCUUCAUGCACUGACUGCACCAAAAACCUUACAGUACCUACUGAAUUAUAGAACAAUUCUACAGCAAUAACACAAAACACUUCUACUGUGAAGCGUAAUGAUUAUUAUGAAGCACAGUACUAGUCCUACUCUGGGACAGUUGCUUUCAUCUGACCCAACCCCUUUAGAAUACUACUGACAAUCCAUCAUUCUAUAUCCCACGACGUUAGCACUGGCUCAGAUCUGGUAGAUCAACACUCACUGUCCUGUUGGUCUUCUGGCUGCACUAUGACGUUAAUCCUGACUGUUAUAAACUUAGUAGAGGUGAGUCUCUCCAUUCAUCCCAACAACAGCAGCUGCUCUAAGGAGAGGCUUGUGGCGGGAUUACAGUGGCUCUGAGGGGCUGUAAGAGUACAUAUCCAUUACACACAAUGGACUGAUCAGCUGGAGAGGUUGUGUGGGAAGGAAGGAGAAAGGGAGUAAACACACACACACACACACACACACACACACACACUAGGAUGUGGCGCACACGGGUGUUAGAGAGAAACUGGGGUCCAAGGUGCCCCCCAAGAUGAAUGCACUUCAUUGAUGUAUAGACGGAAUUCAGAACUUCUGUUCUGAUACAUCUAAGCGACAGGGAGCAUGUUCUCUAGGAAUACUAGAGGUAGUGUUGGCUGUUUCCUGAUCAAAGCAGAGAUGUUACUACAGUUAUCUGACCUUUAUAGUGACACUGUUUAUGCCUCUCUCUAGUCAACACCAGGUGAGUCUGAACAAGGAGAUAUGUUGGUGGUAUGAACAUAGUACUGUAGGACUCAGGAAUGUGACGGCCAACGCUCUAACCACUAGGCUACCUGCUGCCCCAACAUGUAGGCUUGCUUGGAUGCCUCAAUGCACAUUUUCAAACACAGGUUUCUGGUUGCUGUCGUACUUGCAUGUCAUAAAACAGCCAUAGUAUGUGGCUACAGUACCAUACCUGCAUGAUCCCUACAGUACACUAUAUGAUCAUGCAUUCACUAUGCAUGUUCAGUCCAAGGUCUGUUUAUUCACUUUUUAACCACAUACCAGGCGGUAUAACCCAUGAUAUGCUGCAGUAUGAGGACAUCACGUUCUGGUAAACUCUCUGGUUAGGCAAUAGUAGGGGCAGGCACGAGGUGCACUGGAGAGGAGAAGGGUAGGGCCGUGGUGUUGCAACAGAAUACCUGCUAUAACCCUAACUUACAUGGCCACGACAACCCUGCAGGAAUUUCAAGGAAUGACCACGUCUGUCCCUGUCUUAAUAAACCACAGAACGACCCGGUCCCUUUUCAACCAGUUUCCCCUUCAACACACACACACGCACACACUCUAUGACCCCAAUCCAGCUACACACCAUCUUCGUCAUUCACUGGCCAGGGUACUGUGACUCUUCCAAGAUAGCUUAGAGGUCCAUUUAUGUUGAUCACUGAAUACUGCGCUCACAUAAAACACGGGUCUUGUUUGUGGCUUCAUUGAUUGGGUGGGUGAGAGGUUGAGCAGCAUGUGAUCCAGGAAGGAGCAGGUUUUUAGAGUUAGACACAGUCACAGCUGUCUCUCUGAGCUAGCUAGUCACGUGGGUUAUGGCGGUAUGGCAGGCGGAAUGACAUCAUGCACCCAUGUGUUUGUGUUCUUAUAUGGAGCCAGCAAGGGCCAAGAGUUAGAUUCACUGCCUUGCCUAUACAUAUGUCCCCCCCCGCCAAUACACACGCACACAAACACACCCACACCAACUAAGAACUGGGUGCCGACUUUUCAUUAUUUCUUCAUAACAAGUCCUUGGACUAAAGUAACACUAUAGAUAUACUGUAAGCUGGGGUCGGGACAGAAGACAACUACUGUAACUUAUAUUAAGUGAACAUCUCUUAUGCUUACAAUGGUAAACAUAUACAGCGGUAUAUAAUGAGUGUUCUGUACCUGUUUUGUACCUUUCUGAUGUGGUUGUGUCUGUCACGAACUUGCCCAUUUAUUCUGACAGCACAAAACCAUGAGAAUCUGAAAAAGCACAGGUUGAUUAAUCAAAUUAACGACUGAUGUACAGUAUGAUUGACUGAUGUAGUAGGGCAGGCCAGAUGCAGUUGGUUCCUCUGUGGUAUAACUGCUCAACAGGCUCAAGGGGCCUGCCAACUCUGUACCCUUCCACAGCAAUAAAAGUAAUUGG